UUUUAAUGAAUAACUUUUCACUCCGAUUCCUUUUCAUUAGCUUUCUCUAACUUCUAAAGCUCAGAAGUUAAACGUUAUGGUUAUGAUAAACUCCUUCUUUUCCAUCUCUUAGAAAUGACAAGCGCCGGUAAACGGUUACAGAACAGUUAAUGGAUUAUGGAAAGUAAUCUGAAUUAUGGAUACAACGCUUUUAUCUUUUAUUCCUUCUGUAUUUUCCCUUCUUGCACUCCUAUAUAUAUUUUCAGAUAAUAGUUUUGUGCCCCCUAUAACUAUUGGAAUUGAUUUGGAAUAUGAUUACAUAGUUGUUGGAGGUGGAUCGGCUGGCGCGGUUGUAGCUAACAGACUCUCUGAAGAUCCACACAUCAGUGUUCUGUUAUUAGAAGCUGGUGGAAUACCAAAACUUAAGAGUGAAGUGCCAAUCCUUGCUGCUCAAUUACAAAUGACAAGAAAUGACUGGAAAUAUCACACCACUCCACAGAAAUACUCCUGCUUUGGACUAAAAGAUAUCCGCAUGCCUUGGCCUCGAGGCAAAGUACUUGGAGGUUCCAGUGUUCUAAACUAUAUGCUGUACAUUCGAGGGAACAAGAGGGAUUAUGACCAGUGGGCAAAUUAUGGAGCAUAUGGAUGGAGUUGGAACGAAGUAUUUCCCUAUUUUCUCAAAUCGGAAGACAAUCGAAAUCCGGAAACUGCUUACAGUGGUUACCAUGGAAUUGGUGGUCACUUAACCGUAUCUACUCCACCCCAUGUUACUCCUUUGGGUUAUGCUUUCGAACAAUCAGCUCUAUAUUUAGGAUACCCAAACAGAGAUCUCAAUGGACCCUAUCAAACAGGUGCUUCCAUUCCUCAAGGAACAAUUAGAAGAGGAACACGUUGCAGCACUUCCAAAGCAUUUUUAUCGUCGGCAGGAAAAAGGCCUAACCUAGAUAUCGCCAUCAAAAGUUUUGUCGUUAAAAUCAUAAUAGACAAGUCUAAACGUGCAAAAGGUGUGAUUUACAAACGUGCUGGCAAACUCUACAAAGUUUAUGCUCGUAAAGAAGUUAUUGUAUCAGCUGGUGCAGUGAACUCUCCCCAGCUCUUGAUGCUCUCCGGAAUUGGACCCCGACAACAAUUAAAAAAAUUCAGAAUUCCUGUCAUAGCCGAUUUGCCGGUAGGUGAAAAUCUUCAAGAUCAUGUUGGAUCGGCUGGAAUUCAUUUUUCCAUGAAUGAUCCAGUUUCUCUCAUACCCCAUAGACUACUCAGUGUCAAGAAUUUUAUCAAUUUUAUUGCAUUUGGUAAAGGCCCUUUGACAAUCUUGGGUGGAUGUGAAGGAUUAGCUUUUGUGAAGACGCCUUACGCCAAUCGAUCUGAUGACUGGCCGGACGUAGAAAUACAUUUUAUAUCAAGUUCUCCCUCUUCUGAUGAAGGAAAAUCUAUUCGGAAAGUGAUGGGACUAUCGGACAAGAUGUUUGAAGCAGUGUAUGUGCCAUACAUAGGGAAGGAGACAUUCACAAUGUAUCCUGUUCUUCUGAGACCCAAGAGCAGAGGUCGCAUUACCCUUCAGUCAGCGAAUCCUCACGUCAAACCCAGGAUCGAUCCUCAUUACUUCGAAGAUGAGCGAGAUUUGAAAGUAUUGGUGGAAGGAAUGAAAAUUGCACUUCAAAUGGGAUUUCAGCCACCUUUCUUAAGAAUGGGAGCUCAGCCAUUUGUCACCCAAUUUCCAGGAUGUGAAGCCUACACCCUAUGGAGCAUCAGGUACCUCGAAUGCGUUGCUCGUACUUACACCAUAACCAUAUAUCAUCCAGUGGGCACCUGCAAAAUGGGCAGCCCUUGGGAUCCCACUGCUGUGGUAGAUCCACUUCUCAGGGUGAAGGGUAUAAGAGGCUUAAGAGUUGUGGAUGCAUCUAUUAUGCCGACUAUCGUAUCUGGCAACACAAAUGCACCCGUCAUCAUGAUUGCAGAAAAAGCUGCAGAUUUGAUUAAACUAAGCCAGCGGACACAUCUGAAAAAGUAACACAUUCAAAGAAAUUAAAAACUUUUCAAGAAAAUUAUUAAAGU